CCUCAACCAACUGCAAUUAACGUCGCUCGUCAAGCACGAAACACAAAGCCAUUUGUUGUUACUUUCAAACGGAGCUUGAUUGUGUUGCGAAAGUGACUCCUUACGGCUGCCAAGAAUAUCGCAAUCGGAGAACGGUGACUUUGAUUUGAUUUCGCGAUCAGUUGAACAGCAACACUCGCGGCGAACGGAGGCACCAAAAACACUAUACCAGCUGACAUUAAGGGACUUGUUUGCUCUGUUGUCGUUGUUGAGAAAAUACGCGAAAUGACGACAAAGUUCACCAUUAACGGAAUGCCUUACACGGUAAAUCUAACCAAUCUACCACCGGACAUCACUCUGAACACCUUUAUUCGCGAACAUGCCCAGCUCACGGCCACCAAGUUUAUGUGCCAGGAGGGAGGCUGUGGAGCCUGCAUCUGUGUGGUGCGGGAUGGAAAGCGCAGCUGGGCUGUGAACUCGUGCCUAACUCUGCUGAAUACCUGUGCCCAGUUGGAGAUCGUCACCGCCGAGGGAUUGGGUAACCAGCGUACUGGCUACCAUGCCAUCCAGAAGCGUUUGGCCAAGAUGAAUGGCACCCAGUGCGGCUACUGCUCGCCGGGAUUCGUGAUGAACAUGUACGGGCUGCUGGAGCAGAAUGAUGGAAAGGUCAGCAUGACGGAGGUGGAGAACUCCUUUGGUGGCAACAUUUGUCGCUGCACCGGCUAUCGUCCCAUCCUGGAUGCCAUGAAGUCAUUUGCCGUGGACAGCAACAUCAAGGUGCCGGCGGAGUGCGCCGAUAUCGAGGAUUUGAAGCCCCGAAACUGCCCCAAGACGGGACAAGCCUGCAGUGGCAGCUGCCAUCGACCCAAUUUGGUCUACGAGGAUGGAAGCCAGUGGCAUUGGCCCAGGAAUCUAACUGAGCUUUUGGAGGCUGUGGACAAAGUGGGGGAUUCGGAUGAGUUUAUGCUUGUGGCUGGCAAUACGGCUCACGGAGUGUACCGAAGGUCGCCCGAUAUCAAGCACUUCAUCGACGUCAACGGAGUGGAGGAACUGCAUCAGCACAGCGCAGAGGGACAGCAAUUGAAGCUGGGAGCUAAUCUCAGUCUGACCCAAGCCAUGGAAAUCAUUCGCACUGCCUCCAAGCAACCGGGCUUUGAGUAUUUGGAUACACUUUGGAAUCACAUCGAUCUUAUUGCCAAUGUUCCAGUGCGAAACUCUGGAACCUUGGCGGGCAACAUUUCGAUUAAGAAGCAACAUCCCGAGUUCCCAUCGGACAUUUUCAUAUCAUUCGAAGCUCUGAAUGUCAAGGUGGUGGCAUUUAAUAAAGCCACCGAGGAGAAGGAAAUGACACUGUCGGACUAUUUAGGAUCAAACGAUAGGAAACUACUGCUGAAGGCAUUCAUACUGCCUGCUUAUCCGAAGGAUAAGUACAUCUACGAUUCCUACAAGAUCAUGCCUCGUGCCCAGAAUGCCCAUGCCUAUGUGAAUGCAGCCUUUCUUCUGGAACUGGAUUCCGUCGCCAAGGUAAAAUCAGCCCGUAUUUGCUUCGGCGGAAUCCGUCCGGACUUUGUGCACGCUUCAGCCAUUGAAAAACUACUGGUGGGCCAGAAUCCCUACGAGGGCAGUCUGGUGGAGCAGACCUUUAGCAAGCUGGAGGAUCUUAUUAAACCGGAUGAGGUUCUUCCCGAUGCCAGUCCCGCUUAUCGCUCCAAAUUGGCAUGCGGACUGCUCUACAAGUUUCUCCUGAAGCACGCUCCCGAGUCGGACGUCAGUGCAAAAUUCCGAAGUGGAGGCCAGAUCCUCCAGCGGCCACUCUCCUCCGGCUUGCAGCUCUUCCAGACCCAAAAGAAGAACUAUCCUGUUACCCAAGCCGUAGAGAAGAUCGAGGGCAUGAUCCAGUGCUCUGGAGAAGCUACCUACAUGAACGAUGUGCUGACCACAUCCAACACGGUCUACUGCUCCUUUGUGGGGGCCACCAAAGUGGGAGCCACCAUUGAUCAAAUCGAUGCUUCGGAAGCGCUCAAGCAACCGGGCGUUGUGGCUUUUUACAGUGCAAAGGAUAUUCCCGGAACGAACACGUUCUGUGAGCCCAGCUUUGGUUACCAGGUCGAGGAGAUAUUCUGCUCUGGAUUGGUGCGUCAUUCCGAGCAGCCAGCUGGUGUAAUCGUAGCCCUAACUGCUGAUCAGGCUCAACGGGCUGCCAAGCUGGUGAAGAUCAGCUACAGUAAUCCCAGCCCCAACUUUAAGCUGCAGCCAAGCUUAAAUGAUGUAUUCGCAUCCUCUACUCCUGACCCUUCGCGCAUUGUGCCCGUAUCCAAGGCGGUAAAGAAGGUAAAGCUGUCAGAUAACCCUGAUAUGGAGGUUAGGGGCAUCUUCACGAUGGGACUUCAGUAUCACUUUACCAUGGAGCCCCAGACAACGGUGGCUAUUCCCUUUGAGGACGGCCUGAAGGUUUUCUCGGCCACCCAAUGGAUGGAUCACACGCAGUCUGUUAUUGCACACAUGCUCCAGGUGAAGGCCAAGGAUGUGCAACUACAGGUUCGUAGGCUUGGCGGUGGUUAUGGAUCCAAGAUUUCGCGUGGCAACCAGGUAGCUUGCGCCGCUUCUCUGGUGGCACACAAGCUGACUCGACCUGUCCGCUUCGUCCAAAGCCUAGAGUCCAUGAUGGAUUGCAAUGGCAAGCGGUGGGCAUGUCGCUCCGACUAUCAGUGCCACGUCAAGUCUAAUGGCAAGAUUGUGGGCUUGACCAACGAUUUCUUUGAGGAUGCUGGUUGGAGUCCCAACGAAAGCCCUAUCGAGGGUCAUUCGACUUUUACAGCUACUAAUUGCUAUGACUUCACUGGCGAUAACUUCAAGAACAACGGAAAUGCAGUGUUGACAGAUGCCCCCAGUUCCACCUGGUGUCGCGCACCGGGAUCCGUGGAGGGCAUUGCUAUGAUGGAGAACAUCAUUGAGCAUGUAGCCUUUGCCGUGCAGAAGGAUCCGGCGGAAGUGCGAUUGGCAAACACUGCCGCGGAUAAUAAGAUCUCCGAGUUGCUUCCUCAAUUCCUUGAGUCAAGGGAUUAUGCUCAGAGAAAGCAAGAAAUCGAGGCGUAUAAUGCCAAGAAUCGCUGGACGAAACGAGGCCUUGGCCUGGCGGUAAUGGACUAUCCAAUCUUUUACUUUGGUCAGUAUCCGGCCACAGUGGCCAUCUACCAUGUGGAUGGAACAGUUGUGGUUACGCAUGGAGGCAUAGAAAUGGGACAAGGUAUGAAUACGAAGGUGGCUCAGGUGGCUGCCUACACCCUCGGCAUCGACUUGAGCUACAUUAAGGUGGAAUCCUCGGACACUAUCAACGGAGCCAACUCAAUGGUCACCGGCGGAGCUGUGGGCAGUGAAAGCCUUUGCUUUGCCGUUCGCAAGGCUUGUGAAACCCUCAACACUCGCCUGCAGCCUGUGAAGAAGAAGGAUGACAGCUGGCUGAAGACCAUAGAGGCAGCCUACUCUCAGUCCAUCAACCUAAUCGCUUCGGAUCAUUACAAGCAGGGUGAUAUGCAGAACUACCAUAUCUACGGGCUGGCGUUGACGGAAAUUGAACUCGAUGUGCUCACUGGAAACAGCCAGAUUAUACGCGUGGAUAUCCUAGAGGACGCUGGAGAGAGCCUAAGCCCCUACAUAGAUAUUGGCCAGAUCGAAGGAGCCUUCGUCAUGUGCCUGGGUUACUGGAUGAGUGAGCAGUUGGUCUACGACCGCGAGACGGGUCGCCUGUUGACCAAUCGCACCUGGAACUACAAGCCGCCAGGGGCCAAGGAUAUACCUAUCGAUUUCCGUAUCGAGCUGGUUCAGAAACCCAAUCCUACAGGUUCGGGCUUUAUGCGUUCGAAGGCUACUGGAGAGCCACCUUGUUGUCUGGCCGUGAGCGUAGUUUUCGCUCUACGACAGGCAUUGAAUUCCGCCCGCCAGGAUGCGGGACUUCCCCGGGAGUGGGUCCGCCUAGGAGCUCCCACAACUCCGGAAACUUUGGUGGUGAAUGCAGGUCACGAAGCUUCUAGCUUCAGGAUGAAAUAAACUAUGUGUUUAUUAAUAAUAUAAA